AAACAUUAUUGACCUCCCUUAGUCAUAAACAUAAACUCUGUCCUUCUCGGAACACAAAAUUACUUAAAAGGGCACAAUACAAACAAACUGAAAUAGCGGAAAGAUUCAUGAGUAAUCCCCGGUCAUGAGUAAGUUGUCCGUCGCCUAUUGCCCCAUCGAUCUGUGAGUCAUCAAUCAAAUCCGAGAGCCAAACACACAGCCGCAUUCCAGCGCCUUCACCUGUUUUAUCUGCGGAAUUCGUUUCCAAUUCGAGGGGCACUAUCUCCCACCUGACUGACAUAUUGUUGAUUAUCGAAAAUUGUUCGCUUCAAUUUAUACAGUUCAAAAGCGUGAGUGGGCGCCACAGAAAAUAAGAGAAAAGUAGUAAAAAAGGUUGUUGAAGUUUUAACGGAAAAAACUAAAGAAGUGAAAGCCUAAAAAAAUUGUUGUGAACCACCCGAUGAAUCAGUUUGUAAACACAAAGAAAGGGAGAGAAAGCAAACAAAGGACACAGCCAGAGAGAGCGAGAUCGAGAUCGAGACAGAGCGAGUGCGAGAGCGAGAUGGAUGUGGAGGAGAACUACGAGAACGCCGCCGAGAUGCAGAACAUGAACAUGAAUCUGAAUCUAAAUCCGAAUCCGAAUCCAAAUUCGGAUAGCCAGCAGCAGCAGCAACAACAGAUGCAGUGUGAACCGUUAUUCGGACUCACAACCAAUACAACAACAACCACAAAUCCCAUGAUGGCCAUACCCCUGCCCGCGCCCCCCGGAAUGCUGCCCCACUCCGCUCCAAACAUCAGUCCGAAUUCGAAUCUAAAUCCGAAUUCGAAUCUGAAUCCCAGUCCAUCCGCACCAUCCACCAACGCAUCCGCAUCCACGAUCAAAUGUCUGCCGACGAAUGACUUCGAUAUCGACUCCCUGCUGCUGCAACAGUUCAGCUGCAUGGGCACCACGGAUCACGAGGACCUCAUCAGCCAGUUCCAGAGCCUCAUGAACAAUCAGAUGAACCGGGAAUCGGCAAGGUUUUACCUCGAGAUGAGUAACUGGAGCCUGCAGAUGGCGGUCGGCUGCUAUCUGGACUUCUGCAGUUUACAGUCGCUGCCCUCGAUGAAGAUCGUCCAGGGAAAGCACCUGAAUACUCAGCAGCAGGCGUUUCAGCUGCAGAACGAUGGCACCGAGCGCUGGCCGAACAAUUGCUAUCUGACCUCGCCCAUCCAGACGCAGCGCAUCAAUGUGCCCGCCCUGCGUCCGGGCGAAACUUGUGAUAUCCUGGCGGAUCUGAUGCCCACGCAGCCGCCGAUCAUGUGGCGGUUGUGCACUCCAAAUGGCUGGUACUUUGGCGAUGCCAUAUGGAUGAUACCGCCGGGCACGCAGGCCAGCCAGGACGAACUGCAGCAGCGGAUGGUGCAGCUGAUCACGUCGGAGGCCAAGCCGGAUGUCUAUCCGCAAAUCAACAUCGUGAUAACCGCGCACACCCAAUGAGCGCGGCGUCCAGCAUCUAGCAUUCGGCAUCCUCCUCCGUUUUCGAGCUGGGUCCUUGCCUUGGUCCCAAAACUCAUCGAUAGCAUUUCAUGAACCUGCGCGAAUGAUGUAACGUUUACGAUAUGACUAGACUUUUCGUUUCCCCUUCUUUUUUCAAAUAGGCAUAAUGUUGUUCUCAGUAGUAGUUGAUUUGUAUACAGGAAAAGAACUUUUAUACACAUGAGUAUGUAGUAGCCAACGCCAUUCACGUGUACAAUACAAUAUAUAAUUCAUAUAUAUAUAUAUAUAUACAUACAUAUACUACACAGCCCCAUGUUUAACUAGAGUUUGAGUUCGAUUGCAGGACCCUUCGUUGCUCCUCCCACUUUUCCCCCUCCCUAAUUUUGGUGUCAGCAGGAUCAGCUUUAUAUAUAUAUAUAUCAAUAUAUCGAGAAGGGAGCGAAGGGUGCGCGGCAAUAGUUCUCUAGAGAGAGCGAAAUAAAUUGAAAGUGAAAGUGAAAGUGAGAAUCAGAAUUAGAAUCAGAAUCAGAAUCGUGUGGCCACAUUAUGUUCUGUUAGUUUUUAGGCGGUAAAGUUGUGUGUGCGUGCGAUUGUUUGAAGCAUAAUUAAAUAAUUAAUUUUUUUUCAAUAAUUUAAAGUCCUAUUUUUUGAAUAAUCGAGAAGCAUGAAAGCUGAGAAAUAUGUAACAAAAUUAGAUCUAAGUGUUUUAUUGAGCAAAAACAAGAAUGAAGCGAGAGGAUUAAGAA